AUGGGCGCCUCAGAAGAACUGGAAUACCUCAAGUCUCUCGUCAGCCAACUGAACGAGAAGAUUGCGUCGCUCGAGACCAAGUCAAAGGCUCCUGCAGCCAAAUCUCCUGCUCAGCAGCUGCGGACGAUCCUCGUUGGUCCCCCUGGUGCUGGCAAAGGUACGCAAGCCCCGCGGAUACGUGACCAGUUCUGCGUAUGCCACCUGGCGACGGGCGACAUGCUGCGCGAGCAAGUGCAGAAGAAGACACCUCUGGGUGUUGAGGCAAAGAAGAUCAUGGAUACAGGAGGGCUCGUCUCGGACGACAUCAUGGUUGGCAUGAUCAAGGACCAGCUGGAAAAUAACAAGGACUGCAAGAACGGCUUCGUCCUCGACGGUUUCCCUCGCACCGUCCCUCAAGCCCAGAAGCUCGACGGCAUGCUAGAAGCACGUCGCGAGAAGCUCGACUCUGUCGUCCAGCUCCUCAUUGACGACCAACUCCUCAUCUCUCGCAUCACCGGUCGCCUGAUCCACGCACCCAGCGGACGCACCUACCAUCGCGAGUUCAACCCACCCAAAAAGACAGGACUUGACGAUGUCACCGGCGAGAAGCUGAUUCAACGUUCUGAUGAUAACGUCGAGGCCCUCACGAAGCGCCUCAAGACUUACCACUCGCAAACCGCCCCCGUUGUUGAUUACUACAAGGCCAAGGGCCUCUGGCACGGUGUUGACGCGGCUCAAUCGCCCAGCGUGGUUUGGGACAGCAUGCGUUCGAUAUUUGUUGGCAAGAAGUGA